AUGAGAUCUUUGACAACUGGCAUGGCGUCUGAAGUCACUCCACUUGCUGUCAUCAAAAACACAGAGACUGGCAAGAAGUGUCCACUUGAAGAUUAUUCAUUGACUCCAUCAGUUGCUAUUAUCGACCCGAUGUUCUGUGUCUCAUUAUCAAAAACAUCUAUAGCAGACUGUGGUAUCAAUGUUUUAGUCUGUGUUGUUGUAGCUUAUGUCUCGGUUAUGGCAAAUGAGUGCACAGAUGGUCUUGCUAAAAAAGUAGUCAAAUUAGUCUUCGACGACUAUUUCGAGUCAUUCAACGGGGUUUUGUUGCCAGAGAGAAGAUGCACAAUGCAGCUACUAUUGGUGGCAUAG